AUGGUUCUGUCUGAGGUAAAUGGUGUUUAUGACCCAAUAGGUUUGGCAGCGCCAGUGGUUAUCAAAGGCAAAAUGCUUCUGCGGGAAAUGACUCAAGAUGGCGCGGACUGGGAUGAACCAUUACCAGAAGUGCUGCUCAGUGAGUGGCAGAAAUGGAGAAAUUCUUUGAGUCCAUUAGCAUCUAUGCAUACACCUCGUUCCUACACACCAUUCCCAGCUUUAAAAGUACUUAGAAGAGAGAUACAUACAUCUGGAGAUGCCUCAAAUAAGGCAAUUGGUGCUGCUUGUUACUUGACAACAGUUGGCAUCAAUGAAGAGGUUCAUGUUCGCCUCAUACUGGGCAAAGCAAAACUAGCCCCUAAAGCCGCUUCCACAGUUCCCAGACUAGAACUAUGCGCAGCAGUUCUUGCUACAGAAGUUGAAAACUAUGUGAGACAGGAGCUACAACUAGAACUCGAUGAGUCCUGUUUCUACUGUGACAGUAAAGUAGUAUUAGGUUACAUCACCAACCGGAAACGUCGUUUCCACACCUAUGUCUGCAACCGGGUCAGCAAGAUACAUAGAACAUCAAAACCUGACCAGUGGAUGUAUGUUCCAACUGAGAAGAACCCAGCUGACCAAGCAACUAGGUCUAUCUUAGCUACUGAGUUAAAUGAUUCAUUGUGGAUGUCUGGGCCAGAAUUCCUGAAACAAAGAUAUCUGUCAACUGACCAGAACCAUAUAGAAAGAAAUGUAGAGCUCCUACCUAAUGAUCCAGAGGUGCGUCCAAGUACCAUCGCCUGUAAAAAGGUUGUCUUGAACCAGACAUGCAUUGGAGUUGAAAGAUUCAGCCGAUUUUCCAGCUGGGAAUCAGCAGUUCGAGCUGUUACAAAUCUUAAACAUAUUGCUCGUUCAUUUACACGCAACAACGAACUUGAAUGUGGACGUACAGUCGUGGAUGUCAAGGCCACAGGGCGAUAG